AUGACAACCAGUGAUAACAGUGAGCCAGGAUCCCUAGACGUUAACCGGGGUGAGUGGUUGAAUUUGAGCUUGGGAAGGAAUCUGGAAACAACACUAGGAGAACCCAAUUCACAAUCAAAACCUGUUUCUGGCAAGGUCUUUUCAUGCAAUUUCUGCAUGAGGAAAUUCUUCAGUUCACAAGCAUUAGGAGGUCACCAGAAUGCCCACAAAAGGGAAAGAGGCGCAGCUAGAAGAUAUCAGUCCCAGACGAUGAUGGCGAUGAUGGGUUGGCCGGUUAACACUCCCAUGGUACGAUCACUUGGAGUCCGGCCUCACUCACUCGUCCAUAAACCAAGCAGAGAUGGACUUGUGGGAAGAUUUAGUGAUGCUAAUAAAGGCCUAUGGAUGCCAUGGCUGAUGCCGCAUGCCAUGGAGGAAGCAACGGAUUUGAUGUGGCCAGGAAGCUUCCGUUUAGAUCCACAGCCACAGGAAGAGACAUCAGAACCCGUUGAUUAUGAACCACUAUCUUUUUGACAUGGCUAUUCUGUAAGAGAACAAUGUCGAUAAAUGAAAAGAUUUUCCGGGACUGCUAUAUGGUUUAUUGGAAGAG